AUGGAAGACUCAGAAAGCGAUAAACCGAGGCAUCGGGCUGGAUGGCUGUCAAAGGAAGGAAAACGUUUGAAGGGAAGAAAUCGACGCUAUCUAGUUCUGAAAGGAACAAAACUUUCUCAUCAUGUCAAGGAGAACAUGCCACCGACAUGGGAAAUCGAUAUCAAUAACAUACGCCUUUCUUUAGGCGAUAGGCCCCUCGAGUUUCUAAUAUCCGCUGGAGGUCGAAGCGUUGCGUUUUUUGCAGAAAGUCAAGAUGACAUGAUCGGAUGGAUCCAAGCUUUAAAGUCUGCGAAUAGCAUUUUGGAAGACUUUUAUCGCCUUGGUCGGCAACUCGGCAAAGGCUCGUACGGAGAGGUAUUUCUUGCUGUCGACAAACUCAACGGGAAAAAGUAUGCUGCGAAAAGAAUAACCAAGAACCCGAACAACCGGAAGCAGAAGAAGUUUAUUGAACGGGAGCGGGCCAUCAUGACAACCGUUCAACACAAAAAUAUCGUGAGAACUCUGGAUGUGUUCGAGGGACCUAGUAAGCUGGAGAUUGUUAGCGAAUACAUGGAAGGGGGCGAGCUGUUUGAUCUCAUCAUCUCCUCGCAAUUCUUUACUGAAGAGAAAGCAAGACACAUCAUGAGACAGAUUUUAGAAGGGGUGCAGUACCUUCAUGCCAGAAAUAUAGUCCACCGUGACAUUAAGCCCGAAAAUGUGUUGUGCGUCGGCAAAACUUGGCCUCUCGAAGUGAAACUGACGGACUUCGGAUUAUCCAACUUCCUUAAAGAUGGUGGUGCUGACGACGCGAUGCUUUUGUCCCACGUUGGAACGUCAUAUUACAUAGCACCGGAAAUUGUUGGAAAGGGUGGAUAUGGGCCCGCUGUCGAUAUUUGGGCCUCUGGAGUUGUGUUAUACAUCAUGUUGUGCGGUCGGUUUCCAUUUUGGGGAAAGACGGAUAUCGAGUAUAUGAGAAGUCUUUCGCGGGGGCCCUGUAUGGUUGGAGAGGGUUGGGAUGAAGUGUCAGAUGAAGGAAAAGCUUUCCUGAAAUUACUGCUUCAGGUCGACCCCAAGAGAAGGCUAACUGCAAGCCAAGCCUUGGAACAUCCUUGGCUCAGCCAGGAUGGUCCAACGUUGAACCGUCGGUUGUCCAGUAUUUCAGGACUGGCGGUGAUUGCUUCCAAGAACAAAAAAAGAAUCUCAGAAGGAGCGGGAAAGCCCGCAACUAGCCCAAUUGGAUCUAAGGAGGAUUCCGCUCAUGACGUCGUCGUCGGGACACCGGAUGUGGCGCAGUUGGGGUGA